AUGAGCAGCAGUCCGAUAACACAGCCGCCCAUGGCUGCGGCAGUACCAGUCACUAGGGAAGCGGAUAACGAAAGCGAUGCGUCGUUCGAGAGCUCUCAUGAAAGUCCACCCGAGAAUCUGGAAAGUGGCAGUGGUGGACAUGGAUCUUAUGCGGAGCACCAGGACCAAGACCAAGCGGACUCGGACGAUGCCGACUAUGUGUAUCACCCAGCGCAAGAACAUGCAGACGAGGAGGAGGACGAAGACGAGGAUUACGAUGACGAGGACGAACACGAUGACGAGGAGGACGAAGAUGACCACGACUAUUUCGACGGCAGUGGUGGUCUCGAAUUCGAGCUGGUUAUUGACGAACUAGCGCCGGGCGCCCAUGAUGAUGAAGAAGAUGAUGACGAGAAUGACAAUGAUGCUGGAAAUUUAAUGCAGAGGAGGAUCCUUCAGAUAUUACGUGGAGGCGGCGGUCGUGCUCGCUUAGGUUCACGACAACUGUUGUCGCUUAUCCAAGGUCAUGAUAUGGAUGGUAUCGACGACGAUGACGACUACUGGGAACCGCCCAGACGAAACAGGCCAGUCUAUGUGCCUGCCUUUCCCAAAGUGCCCAGUGACCAAGGCCGGAAGCUCAUGGAGUCAGGUGUUUUCGGUGCUUUCGACCUCAGGGAGCCAGAUAGCAAGAGGAAGAGACUUAGUCGGCGGUUACUGGAUCGAGAGUUGGGGCUGGGCGAUAGGACGGAGCAAAAGACCAAUCUGGCGCUUAUGGCUCAGCAGAUGAUUCCCUCGUCCAAGCCAGAAAUGGUCGUCCACUACGAUGAUCCCGUGUGCUGCGGCCAGUUCUCCGACGACGGCAACUUCUUCUACGCCUGUGUCAAGGACUUCAAGGUUCGCAUGUACGACACGUCCAACCCGUACAACUGGAAACACUACAAGACUGUCCGAUACCCCUUUGGCCAAUGGACUCUCACGGAUGCAGACCUCAGUCCAGACAACAAGUGGCUUGCCUAUACAUCUCUGACAAGCCAAGUUUGCUUCGCCCCUACGGACCCCAAUGACACAGGUGAUCCAUACACGCUCGAUCUUGCCGGUGGCAUGGUCCGUCAAGGGUGGCGGGAUGCCUUUCCCAUCUUCUCCAUUCGCUUCUCAGGCGACGGACGAACACUGGUGGCCGGCACAGGUGCGGACUCAAUAGUCGUUUACGACAUCGAGCGGCGCGAGCCUCUUUACAACGUCGAGGGCCACGACAACGACGUGAACGCCGUCUGCUUCGCCGACAAGCACUCUCCGCACAUUCUCUACUCGGGGUCCGACGACUGCACCAUCAAAGUAUGGGACACGCGAAGUAUGUCGUCCCGCCGCGAAGCCGGCGCCUUCGUCGGCCACAUGGAAGGCCUGACGUACAUCGACAGCAAGGGCGACGGGCGCUACAUCCUCAGCAACGGCAAGGACCAGUCCAUGAAGCUGUGGGAUCUGCGCAUGGCCAUGUCCACCGCCGACGUGGAGCGGCUCGAUGCCACCAAGCCCACCGCCAGCCGCCGGUACCAGUACGACUACCGGUUUGGCGAAUACCACGAUUACAUGUGGCGGCCGCACCCGCACGAUAACUCGUUGGUCACGUUCCGGGGACAUAAAGUGCAGAGAACGCUGAUAAGGUGCCACUUCUCGCCGCCCGGAAGCACCAACUCGCGCUAUGUCUACUCGGGCUCGUAUGACGGGUUCGUCUAUGUCUGGAACUUGGACGCGACGGUUGCCGCCAAGAUCGACGUCAAGAGCGCCACCGAGGGCUUGAGGAUCCCGGGGUAUACGCCGGCGGCGAGGAGGAGGGAGUGGAUGACGCUGGUGAGAGAUGUGGGAUGGCAUCCUAAUGCGCCGUUGCUUGUUGCGUCAUCAUGGAAUGGACCGACCAUGAAUGCUGGAACGGCGACAUUGCACUCUUACAACGAGAACGAUGUUGAUGAGGCCGAGCCGGGGAUGGGUCUUUCGGUUAACGAAAAGAUACAGCCGGACGAGGGUAUCUUCAACUGGGGUGGGGUGCGAGGGUAUGGGUUUGAUGAUGACGACGAUGAUGACUUGUUCUGA